CGUGACGCAAUCCAUAGCGCGGGGGAAGAUGGCGGCGCUAGUGAAGGCCAUGGGAUGGGCCUCCCGACCCUUGCUGCCAGUGGUCCAGACUUGGGACCUGGACGCGCGGCGCUGGGUCCGGGCGCUGCGGCGGAGCCCCGUAAAAGUACUGUUUCCAUCCCGACAGGAGGUGGAACGGAAGCCCGAUGCUGGGAAGCAGCCCAGGAAGGCGGCUGCUGAGGCCAGUACCCACGUGCAGCGACUGAAGCAGCCGAUUAGGGUGCCCCCAUCCCAGACGCCCAGCACCUGGGAAGAGUCGGGGCUUCGCUACGAUAAGGCUUUACCCGGGGACAAAAGGCUAAGCAGUGUAAUGACAAUAGUUAAGUCCAGGCCGUUUCGGGAAAAACGAGGGAAGAUCCUGCUGGAAGGUCGCAGGCUGAUUGCAGACGCUCUGAAGGCUGGUGCUGUGCCACAAGUUUUCUUCUUUAGUCGUCUGGAAUACAUAAAGGAGCUGCCCAUUGAUAAGCUGAAAGGUGUCAGCCUCAUUAAGGUGAAAUUUGAGGAUAUCAAGGAUUGGUCCGACCUAGUAACACCACAAGGAAUAAUGGGGAUUUUUGCUAAACCUGACCAUGUUACGAUGACAUACCCAGAGACUCAGCUUCACCAUUCACUGCCCUUAUUGUUGAUUUGUGACAAUAUCCGUGACCCUGGAAACCUGGGGACAAUUCUGAGAUCUGCUGCUGGGGCAGGCUGCAGCAAAGUAUUACUCACCAAAGGCUGUGUGGACGCCUGGGAGCCCAAAGUGCUGCGGGCAGGUAUGGGUGCGCAUUUCCAGGUGCCCAUUAUCAACAAUCUGGACUGGGAAGUGGUGCCCAGCUACUUGCCCACCGACACCCGGGUCUACGUAGCUGACAACUGUGGCCUUUAUGCCCAGCCCCAGAAGUCCAAUAAAGCCAGUGACUAUGGUUGGAUGUGUGACCGACAACUCUCAAAGUUUCACAAGUAUGAGGAGGAGGAAGAGGAUCCAGAAACUGGGGACAGUAAAGGCUGGCUCCCUGAACUUGAGGUCCAGAAUUACGACUUGGACUGGACAGAGGCACCAGCAGCUGUGGUCAUAGGUGGGGAGACCCACGGCGUGAGCCUGGAGUCCCUGCAGUUGGCUGAGAGCACUGGGGGCAAGAGGCUGUUGAUCCCUGUCGUGCCUGGUGUGGACAGCCUGAACUCGGCCAUGGCUGCCAGCAUCUUACUUUUUGAAGGGAAAAGACAACUGCGGUUAAGGGCGGAACACUUGAGCAGAGACAGGAGUUACCACUGAGAGGGGACAUGGCAGUCAGUCCUUGGUUUGAGGUUGUCUCCAGUUCCUCCUACAUUGUUAGGAGGUUGGUAGAGUUGGUUACUAGCUCUCAGGCCAAAUUCAGGAGGCAGCAGGUAGGGUGAUGCUAUUGCAUGGUUAUUGGGAAAGGAAGAGUUCCCAUCGAUUUCUGCUUAUCCUCAAAAAUAACAAAGGUCAAAAUCCUUAUAUAUAUAUAAAUAUAUAUACACAUGGGCUACAGGUGAUGGCAUUCAGUAGCUAGCUGGUUUUUCAUUCUGGCUGUGUCAGUCUUUGCAAUUGUUUGUUUAAGUCUUGAUGUAAACAGCCACUGUAUAUGUGUAACACAAUCCCCCCUGCCCAUUUCUGGCGAAACAGCUGGCGUUAUGCAUUUGUAGCACCUCUGCAGAUAUCUUUUUGAGGACUCUGUUCAGAAAAGAAGGAAACAGUUUUAAAAUCUUCAGCCUAAUUCUGCAUCUUGUCAGGAAAGUCAUACCCUUCUUUCUAGCUUCCUACUGUCAGUCUGAAUUUAUAUUAACACUUUUGGUUAAAUGUAA